CUACACGCCUUUGGCAUUCUGGGUGUAAACCGUUGCAAUCAAUGUCACUCUCAGCACCUCUUUACAAUCCUGUGAACGAGACUGUGAGAGCAUAGCCUACAUCACACUCAGAGAGUCUGUGCACUUGAAGCAUGGAGCUGUUUGUAGUCCUGUUAUGCACCGGAUUGGUGAAUUUUGCAUCAGCUGGAAUAGAUGGAGAGAAAUGGACAUAUUCAGAAGGAGAACUGGAUCAGAAGCAUUGGGCAGAAAAGUUUCACGAAUGCGGCGGCGACCAACAGUCUCCCAUUGACAUACAGCGCCGCAAAGUUCGUUACAAUCCACGACUGCUACAACUCGAGCUGACAGGCUAUGAGGACAUGCACGGCAGCUUUCCCAUGAAGAACAAUGGACAUUCUGUGGAAAUUAAGCUGCCACACACUAUGAUGAUUACCAAGGGGUUUCCAGACCGCUACACAGCUGUUCAAAUGCAUCUGCACUGGGGAGGCUGGGACUUGGAGGCCAGUGGAUCAGAGCACACAGUGGACGGCAUCCGCUACAUGGCAGAACUGCAUGUGGUUCACUACAACUCUGAUAAGUACAGCAGCUUCCACGAGGCCAAAGAUAAACCAGACGGUCUUGCAGUUUUAGCCUUUUUUUAUGAGGAUGGGCAUUUUGAGAACACGUACUAUAGUGAUUUCAUUGCAAACCUGGCAAACAUCAAGUACGCAGGUCAGGCCAUGAACAUCACCAACUUGAACGUACGCUCCAUGUUUCCAGACAACCUUAGUCACUUUUUCAGAUAUCAGGGCUCUCUCACCACACCGCCGUGCCAUGAGAGCAUUCUGUGGACUGUAUUUGAUACGCCCAUCACCCUCUCUCACACUCAGAUCAGGAAAUUGGAGAGCACAUUAAUGGACCAUGAAAAUAAGACCCUGUGGAACGACUACCGCAUGGCCCAGCCUCUGAAUGACAGAGUGGUGGAGUCCUCUUUCCUCCCACGCCUGAGCAAAGGAGGAAUUUGCCGUCAGGAGGAGAUUGAAGCUAAGCUUAAAAGGAUUGAGAGCCUUAUUGUGUCACUGGACAAAAAAACGGUUCCAGGACCAUGGUCUACAAGUACUGGAGCGCAACUUCUGUCGCCACUAGUCCUGUACUUCCCAGAAAAGAAUUUGGAGAGUUACGCCUUGGUGGUCUUAUCCCACCCCAUGAACCUCCAGUCCUUCACAGCCUGCAUGAACAUCCGUGUACCACAAUUACAAGACCUCACCGUGUUUUCUUACUCAACAUCACACGACAAUGAGCUCACGAUCAUUUUGGGCUCUGAAGUGGGUCUUUGGAUUGGAGAUGAGUUCGUGAAUUUGCCAUUUCAGCUUCAGUCCCACGACUGGACAAACUACUGCUUUACCUGGGCAUCCCACAAUGGAGGGGUUGAACUGUGGGUGAACGGAUUGGUCGGGGAAGAGCGGUACAUUAAAGCAGGAUACACCAUUCCAGCUGGAGGAAAAAUCAUUUUGGGGAAGGACCAGGAUGGCUUUUUAGGUAUCUCAGCCAGUGAUGCUUUUGUAGGGCACAUGACUGAUGUAAAUUUAUGGGAUUAUGUGCUGACUGCGGCAGAGAUUAAAGAGCAAAUGUUGUGUGAUAAUGGCAAGGUGAAAGGGAAUGUCUUGAGCUGGGGAAUCACUCAGCUCAGUCUGUAUGGAGGAGUUCAGCUGCAGGCUGAGCAGGUUUGUCACUGAGAAAGAAAGAAAUCACCACAGGCCCAAAACUUAUUUAAAAACGAAUGUCAAUAUCAGCAAUAUUAGCUCUGCUAACUUGAACUGUAUACUCUCCCAGGGGAAUAACUGCAGUUGACCCUUCGCAAACAGUUUCACUGACCAAUCGUAACAACAAAACCACUAUUUUGUCCGACAAACAAAUCAGACAGGAUAGUAGAUUAACUUCAGUGAACUUAAACUUGAAAAAUUAUGUGUAUUGACAUCUUUCCACAGUUGAAAUAAAAUACUUUCUGAUGUUCAUUCAUGUUUAUUUCAUGCUUUAAGUAAAUAAGAAAAGACAAUCGGUUCACGUGUCGAUUGAUCUAGUAAGGCAAUACACUGAUCUGUCAGGACACAUUAAAAAGAGCCACAAAAUGGUAUUUAUUGUUUUAAUUUCUUAAAAAAAUGACGAUAUUUUAAAGCCGAGACCUUGUUUCAUACCAGAAGUAACCUGCUCUGUCUUGUCUGUCGGCGUGUUGUCAGUUUCCUUCUUGUUCAGUGAUGAUUGGUCAGAUCGCCUGUCAAUCAAACUCUUACGAAGGGUCAAUUGAGAGAUGUAUUCUAUUCAAUAUGUAUUUCAAAUAAAAGCAUUUCAAUGUAUUUUUACCCAACUGAAUAAUGUGAAUCAUAUCUGAAGAAUUUAAAUAAACAAU